CAACUUUGUGUUGAGAAAAGGACAUAUGAGGUUGGCUUCCAUUCUAUCCGUAUGUCCUAUUCCUUUGCUAAUGUAAUGUACAUUAUGAUGUCAAAUUUGUUGUUUUGUUUCAUUGGAAUCUUGAAAAACUUGUUUCUUUAGAGACACUUGUCCACCUGUGUUAAUUUUCCCUGUAUUAUUAAAAAAUAUAUCGUUCAGAAAAAAAAUAUUGCUUCUAGUACCUAUACGUCAUAGAAUUCGAUACGUUUAAUUUAAAAAUAAUGGGAAGUGGGUAGAUGCAAAAGACCCUUAGUAAUAUUAUUUUCCAGUUAUGUGAUUAAAAAUAGCGAAUCAGCUGCUAGGUUACAAGUCGUAUGAUAAUAAUUAUAUUCAAAAUAUUUUAAAGUUGUUUUAAAAGAUUCUCAAGGAAAAACAUAAACCGGCUGGUCUUGGGAAAACCGAUACGUGAGCACCAAGCUUCUGUUGUCCCAAGAUAUUUAGUAAAUCACAAAAGUAGAUCUUAAGGGUGAGGCAAAUAAGGUAUAAAAUCAAUUGUUUUUAAAAAUGUGAUUUACCUCAACUAUUGAAUGGAAUGCAAAUUCAAAGGAAAAAGCACUUUGUUUCAACUGAAUAAAGUCGAAAUUGUCUUGAUUGUAUAGGCAGUGUAUUCUAUGAGAUCUUGUUUACUGCCAUUCGGCGAACAGUGUCAGUGGUUAGUGCAUGUACGUGAACUCGGCGCACGCGCACUAUGAUAAAAGUGAUUAAUAGAAUAAUAUAAACACGUGAUUUAAUUAGAUUAGUGGGUGAAAUAAUAGCGGAAAAUAAAGUUAAAAAAAAACAUGUUGCUACCAAGUUUAACAUUAUGCUGCCUCAUACUGAAUGCCCAGUCACAGAAUUUUUUCGCCAACAGUCCACUUACAGCCAAAUUCUUAAACCCAGAUCGAAUAUAUUUUAAUGACAAUAUUCCACGAGCACAGCCUCUUUCGCGACCAUCAACAAGUCAAGUUGACGACGAUGCUAUCAGACAAAUAUUUGGUCCUAAACCAGCAGAAAAUAAUAAGAAACCUUCCACUUCAGUUGAGAUCGAAAAGAGUAAUGAGAUAGGUUACAGUACGAGUGUGGAACAAGUGACAAAUAGGAAUGUCCCAGUUAGGAAUGAUAAAAGUAAAGAGACCGCCAGUAGGCAGACAUCAGAACAAUUUGGUAAUAGGCAAGUAGGAACACAGCAAGCGUCAAAGAGGCAGCCUACAGUGCCACAGGAUGUACGGCCACAGGGUUCAUUGAGUCUGCCGGAGCCGCCACCGGUUUCUGGAUCAGGUUUCAACAGUUUAUUGUACUCUGUCACCAACUUCGGAAUCAGUUUACUGAAGAAUGUGAACGCCGUGCAACCAGGCAAUGUGGUACUAUCCCCAUUCUCUAUUACCACUCUAUUGGCGUUAUUGCAACAGGGUGCGCUAGGACAGACACAGGAAGAGAUAACUGCAGCUCUUCAGAUGACAUCUGCUAAUUCCGCCUCUGCGUACGCUACAAUUUCCCAGGACAUUAAAAAGCGCAGCUCCCGCAACAUUCUGAAGACAGGCAACCAUUUGUUCAUAGCUAAUGGUUUCUCAAUCAACCCUGACUUCAAGAGGGUGGCCCAGAACAGCUUUGACAGUGACGUCACACCGCUCAGUUAUAACAGACCAGAGAUGGCAGCACAGGAGAUCAACAGCUGGGUUGCUUCGAAAACAGAGAACAAGAUUAACAAACUCAUUUCACCAGAUACUCUCUCUUCGUCAACUCAGAUGGUCCUAGUAAAUGCUGUCUACUUCAAGGGACUCUGGGAAAUCCCGUUCAGAGCCGAAUCGACUAUUGGCCGGAAUUUCCACCUCAGUAACGGUCAAAUCAAAACAGCCCAGUUCAUGAGAAUGAGAAAGUUGUUGAGAUCCGGUAGGGAUCCGGCUACUAAUGCUAAAGUUCUUAUUCUGCCGUUUGAGCGUGAAGAAUAUUCUCUGAUGUUGAUACUGCCAUCAGAGUUGGUGGGAAUGCAAAGUACUCUGCAGCAUAUGACGGAUGCCAGGCUCUUGAGCUAUCUCAGCUUCCCUCCUUUGGACACAGAAGUAGAAAUUCCCAAGUUCACAGUCCGAGCUGAUACAAAUUUGAAUACAAUUUUGAGGACCAUGGGCAUCACAAAAAUGUUUGGGCCGUACGCUGAGCUGAACAGACUAGGAAUGUAUCGAGCUUUUUCACCGCAAAUCUCGUCGGCAGUACAUUCUGCAGUCUUCUCUAUAGACGAAGAGGGAGGGUCAGCGGCCGCCGCUACAGCCUUCGCUGCUGUAGCACUUUCAUACGACGAACCUGCUUCAGUAUUUAAAGCCAACAGACCAUUCAUAGCAAUCCUCUGGGAUUCUAAAACUUCCCUGCCCAUAUUCAUGGCCAAAAUAGAAGAUCCCCAACUGUAAUUUCGAAGACGUAAUUUAUAAUACUCACUUCUAGAUUUAUUUAAGGACUGGCAUUUUGACUAAAUGAAGCGACAGUAAUAAAAUAUUAAUUAUAUUUAGGAAGAUUUAAAAUCUAGUCUAAUUUGUACUUAGUCUAUAAAAUUAUAAAAUACAAGAUAA